UUUGUUAUCGAUGUUUCCUCCAUAGAUAAGUGACAUAUGAUAAGUAAACUUACUUGAAGGAUACAAUAGAAACAAAACAGUGCCUCAAUGGAUUACAAAAAGUUUGGUAAUGAUGAAGGAAGGGAGGAUUUUCAACCUGUUCAGAUCAACAGCUCCAUGUAUGACGUCCCUCUUCAGGAACAGCAGCCAAUAGAGGGCACAAAAUUCAAUGGCCAAAAUGCGGAAUUUUCUAGUCCAGUUAAGUUUGCUGAAACAGAUAAAGAUCUUCGUAAAGGAAACUUCAUCGAUCCUGCAGGAGACAGAAAUGAUGCAGUCACCCCUUUAGAGAAGUUUCAACUUUUCAUACGGAAAAUUGUCGAUCAUCUUGGAUUCCGAGCAUUCACUGUCUUGCUCAUCAUAGCUGAUACCAUCAUUAUAAUCGUUGAUCUUGCCACCAAGUCUGAUGGACGAACAGCUCUUGAGAUUCUCUCGCUUACACUCUCUACAUAUUUUGUUGUUGAAACAGCAGCCAGGAUAUUUGCUGUUGGUUUCAAAAACUUCUUUGGUGAUUGGAGUGUUGAUUUCAUGGGGUCUGUCAAGGCCAAGUGGCUUGACUUGCUGGAUCUUGUCAUAGUGGUGGUAACAUUUAUCAUAUCUGUCGUAUAUACUGCAGCUGAUCUUAGUGGCGGGAGCGCUGGCUUUGGCAAAUUAAUUGUUGCUGGGCGUCUUAUCCGAUUGGUCCGUGUAUUCCGUCUAUUUAUGGAGAAACGUAAUCUGGAGAAAUCAACAAGACUCGUUGUUUCUCAAAAUAAGCGAAGAUUCCAAAAAGAUGGGUUUGACCUAGAUUUAUGUUAUGUUAAUGAUAGAUGUAUUGCAAUGUCAUUCCCUUCUAGUGGAAUCUGGGCCUUGUAUAGGAACCCAAUUGGGGAGGUGGCUAGGUUCUUUGACUAUUACCAUGAGGGUCAAUACCGCAUCUACAAUCUCUGUAGUGAGCGGACUUACGAUUAUGAUAAGUUUCACAAUAGAGUGGAGAGAGUAUACAUCGAUGACCAUAAUGUUCCAAAAGUCAGUGAGAUGAUAAGCUAUGCAUCAAGUGUACGAUUAUGGCUGGCAUUAGAUCCCAAGAAUAUCAUAGCAGUACACUGUAAGGGAGGUAAAGGGCGGACUGGGACCAUGAUCUGUGUAUAUCUUCUAGAUAGUGGAGAAUUAGAAGCAGCCUCUGAUAGUUUAGAGUACUUUGGAACAAGACGAACAGACUUGAGUGUGGGGAGAAAGUUCCAGGGAGUUGAAACACCAAGUCAGAGUCGAUAUGUUGGCUAUUUUGAGGUAGUAAAGAACAAGUUCAACCUGAAGCUUCCACCAAAUAAACCAAUGCGUAUGAAAACACUCACGAUCAACUCAAUAGCAGGGGUUGGCAAGGGUAAUGGCUGUGACCUCCGUAUGGAACUUUAUCAUGAGAAAAAGAAGAUAUUCGAUUGCAGUUUUGGUCCAAAUUGGCACUGCAAGUCAGUGCAUAAUGCAGAGAAGAAUUGUGUAGUGACAGAGAUGGAUCUGGAAACUUCGCCCAUUCUUGUACAAGAUGUCAAAGUAAUGUUUCACUGUAGUUCUUCUGUACCCAUAGGAUAUGAGAAAUGUCCAUUUUAUUUCUGGUUCAACACAUCAUUUAUAGAGGAUAACAAGCUGGUGUUGAUUAGAGAAGAGAUAGACAAUCCUCAUAAGGAAAAAACCUGGGAGACUUUUAAAGAGGACUUUUCAAUAGAGGUCACCUUCGAAGACGCAAACAGCAAUGCAACAAGCUAGCCUGACAGAGCAGAGCGCCAUCUGGUCAUGCUUAUUUUACCGUGUUUUUAUCGAGAACUUGAAUGAAGUGCUUGGUUUUUUGUACUGUCUCCCUUUUAAUUUUGAUUUUGUAAUGAUGUGUUUGUGUUUAAUGAUUAGCAAUGAGCUUAAGAACAGGGUUCUUCUUUGUUUUAUUAAUUUUUUGGGGCCAGUGUUUGUAUGUAAGUCAUUAGUUGGGAGCUGAUACUUAAUAUUGCCACAAGGGAAAGUGAAGUAUUAAAUCCCAGCAGGGCCCUUGCCUGAAAAUGUAAUAAUUGGUGAGGCAAAUUU